UAACAAUCAUGAUCUUGUCAAGGCUCUGCUAAGCCUUCAUCAACAGCAAGAAAUUGUUCAACUACAGAGGAAGAAAUCACUCGAAUGUUACCCGAAACAUCGAUCUGCCGUUGUUUUCCCUCCCAUUUUUCUUAUUUUCAAUGAGGCGUCGAAGGGAAAACAAAUGACAAUAGAAUAAUGAACAAGUAAAUUGGAAAGGAAGAAAGAAAACGUGGGGAGAAGAAAACAGGAAAGGAGAGAAAGAGAGGGAAAAGCCUGCGACGAGGGAAGAACGAAAGCAGCGAACAGUUCGAUUUCUUGGCAGGAGAUCGAAAGUUCGCGAGCUUCCCGUGAUUUCUGGAAUUGGGGGGCCUCUUUUUUGGUUGGUUCGAUCGCGUUUUGUAUCUCCUGAUUGGCAAUUGGAGAACAAUUUUUGGGCUUCGUGGCGAAUCACGAGAAGAGAUGGAGAUGCUUGUGUUCUGAGAGGGUUAGCCAAAUCGCUUGGGGAUGGCGUGGCUGGGAAAGGUUUCCCUGGGAGGCUUCCCGGAUCUGGCCGGGGCGGUGACGAAGCUGAGCGAGAGCGUUAAGAAUAUCGAGAAGAAUUUCGACAGCGCGCUCGGACUCGAGGAGAAACCCGACGCCGCCGAAGAGUCAGGAUCAUCAUGGGUUUCAUCGGAGACAAAGACAAUAUUCAACCCAGUUAUGGCUUUUAUGGGACAAAGGACUGAAAACAAUGAACCUGUUGUAAAUGUUGAGCCUCCCCAAAAGCCAUCUUUGCUUAAGGAGCAAGUUGAGCCCUCAUCUGAACAUGUUUCUCAACAGACUGCUUCAUCACUGGAAACAGGAGAGGAAAAGCAUGGAAUUGUGGGAGCGCCAGAUAUUCAAACUGUCGAAGACACAUCUGCAGGUGACAAACCAAGUGAAGAUCAGAGUAUAUCUGAUCUGUCAAAGGAGGACCAAGAACAUAACUCCCAGGUUUUACCUACUGAACAGGAUCUUUCUCCAACAAAACAGGAAGAAGCACCAGUUGCUGUUCAGUCAUUUGAGCCAAAAGAUAGUGCCAAAGUCUCACCUGGGGAUGGGCCUGCAAGUGGAGGUCUUGGUAAGACUGAUAAGGAAUUCCCAGAGUCAGCAACUAUCAGUGAAGAAGUACAUCCAGAGCCUGAGCCCUUGUAUUCUGGUGGUGUUCAGGAGAGCAACAGUGCAGAAAUGACAAACUGCCUCUGUGAAAAAGUUUCUGUGCCCCAUGGUGAAGCGUUGGAUACUCAGGAACCAAGUGUUGCAUGUGACUCUACCGAUGUCCCUUCUACAAUUCCUGUGAGCAAUGAAAACCCUACGGAGCUUUUAACCAAUUUAUCAGACACGAUCACAUCUAGGCAGGAAACACAUGCUGUAAAAGAUGUGGUAGAUGAUAGUGCAUCAGUUGUUCCAACAGUUUGUAGAGAAAAUGAAAGUGACAACAGAAACCAAACCCUGAGCCCAGAGAUAAAUACACCUGAUUCUGUGGAUUGUGGUUUUGAAGCGGAGAAGCUAAGGGCAGAGAUGAAAAUGAUGGAAGCAGCAUUGCAAGGAGCAGCAAGGCAGGCUCAGGCAAAAGCUGAUGAGAUUGCAAAGCUUAUGAAUGAAAAUGAGCAACUUAAGUCUGCUAUUGAGGAUCUGAAGAGGCGAACAUCAGAUGAAGAAGUAGAUGCACUUCGGGAGGAAUACCAUCAAAGAGUGGCCACUCUUGAGAAGAAGGUGUAUGCUCUUACAAGAGAAAGGGAUGCACUCAGGAGAGAGCAAAGCAGGAAAAGUGAUGCAGCUGCUCUUUUAAAGGAAAAGGAUGAGAUUAUCAGCCAAGUUAUGGCGGAAGGUGAGGAACUUUCUAAAAAGCAAGCUACCCAGGAAGCAACAAUUAGGAAAUUAAGAGCACAGGUCAGGGAAUUUGAAGAAGAGAAACAGAGGCUUGCUUCCAGGAUUCAGGUGGAAGAAGCAAAAGUAGAGAGUAUAAAAAAAGACAAAUCUGCAACAGAAAGAUUGCUGCAAGAAACAGUGGAAAGGAGUCAAGCAGAGCUGGCUGCACAGAAGGAAUUUUACACUAAUGCUCUUAAUGCAGCCAAGGAAGCUGAGGCCUUGGCAGAAUCACGCGCAAACAGCGAAGCCAAAGCUGAACUUGAGCGUCGCUUACGUGAAGCUGGUGAGCGUGAAGCUACGUUGCUGCAAACAAUUGAAGAACUACGUCAAACUCUAAGCAGAACAGAGCAGCAGGCUGUUUUUCGUGAAGAUAUUCUGCGUAGGGAUAUUGAUGAUCUCAAGAAAUAUUAUCAAGAAAGUGAGCGGCGAUGUGAGGAGUUGAAAAUGCAAGUGCCUGAGUCUACCAGGCCACUCUUAAGGCAGAUUGAAGCCAUGAAGGAAGCAACAGCUAGACAGGCUGAAGCUUGGUCUGGUGUAGAGAAAAGCCUAAGAGAUCGUCUGCAGGAGUCAGAGAUUAAAGCUGCAACAGCUGAAGAAAGGGAGCGUUCUAUGAGUGAACGCCUUUCGCAGACGUUAUCCCGCAUGGCUGUCUUAGAGGCACAGGUUUCAUGUCUUAGAACUGAGCAAACACAGUUGACCCGAUCACUAGAGAAAGAAAGGCAGAGAGCAUCUGAAAACAGGCAGGAAUACCUAGCAUUACAGGAAGCUGCUGCCACUCAUGAAGGCCGUGCCAAGCAGCUUGAAGAUGAAAUAAAGGAGCUCCGAAGUAAACAUAAACGACAAAUGCUUGAAGAAGCUGAGCAUAGAGGACUUUUGGAGCAGGAGCUUGAACGAGAAAGGGCUGCUAAGCUAGAGCUGGAGAGGUUUUCUCAUUUAAAGAUAUCUGUUCCAGCUGAACAAACUCCGAUACCCAAGCAUCUAAGUGCCCCUUAUUAUGAUAAUGGGAUGGAUAUAUCCCUCCGGAAACAUUCAAGUGCUGGAAGCCUAAGGAACAUGGAGGAAAGUUUUUACCUUCAGGCAUCUUUGGAUUCAUCUGAUAGUGCCACACCAGAAAUAAAAACCCUGGCAGAUGCAGCUAUGUCACCAUAUUCUGGAAAAAGCAUGACACCAAGUGCCAUGGCACAUAUUGAAUCUACACUGCGACUGAAGGAUGGUGAACUUUCCUCUUAUAUGUCACGCUUGGCAUCUUUGGAAUCUAUCCGUGACUCCCUUGCUGAAGAGCUGGUGAAAAUGACUUCCCAGUGUGAAAAAUUGCGUACAGAAGUUGCUGUACUUCCCAGCUUAAAGGCAGAGCUUGAGGCAUUGAGACGGAGGCAUUCUGCAGCACUGGAGCUUAUGGGUGAACGUGAUGAAGAGUUGGAGGAACUUCGUGCUGACAUUUAUGACUUGAAAGAAAUGUACAGGGAGCAAGUCGACCUUCUUGUAAACAAGAUUCAGACACUGAGUUCCUCCUUUGGUGCCAGUUAGCCAGCUGCUAAUGCAUUUUAUGCAUCAAUUAAAGGUUUCAUGUGCAAUACGAGGUGACUGUUUGAUUUGUACGCCUCUUUUCUUUCUCGUGUUACUUGAGUUUCGUCUUCAGCAGUGGCGUUGCCUGCUGGUCGUCCUGGAAAAAUUUGUAAGAUCUCCUGAUUUCAUAUUGUAGCAUUUCAAUUUUUUGAAUUUUGUAUAAAGUAACUGGAAAAAUUUGCCAUAUCAAGCUGAAAUAUUUUCACCGGGGGCAUGUUACCCGGAAUAUAGCACAUAGCAUAUUGACAACA